ACACCUCUGGAUUUAUCCCCAGGUGUCUGUGUGUAGACGUUGACCAGGCGCGAGAUCGUAGGAAGCGCCAGGUAGCAAGUCACGUUAGCAUCGCUAGCUUAGCUUGUGUGGCUAGCUGAACGGCCUGUCGUUUCUGGCUGAAUUAGAAGAGGGAGCCAGACCGGGAGGAGCAGCUUGAAGACAACAUGCCCCCCAAGUUUAAACGACACCUCAACGACGAUGAGGUCACGGGAUCCAUUCGGAGCGAACGGAGAAACCUGUUGGAGGAGGACUCUGAUGAGGAGGAAGACUUCUUCCUGAGAGGGCCUACAGGACCCAGAUUUGGACCUCAGAAUGACAAAAUCAAGCAGGUGCAGUCGCAGGUCGACGAGGUGAUCGAUGUGAUGCAGGAGAACAUCUCCAAGGUGAUAGAGAGGGGCGAGCGCCUCGACGACCUGCAGGACAAGUCAGAGAGCCUAUCGGACAACGCGUCCGCCUUCAGUAGCCGAGCCAAACAGCUGCACAGGAGGAUGUGGUGGAGAGACAUGAAGAUGAAGAUGAUUAUUGCACUAGUCGUUAUUGCCCUCCUGCUGAUUAUCAUCAUUCCGGUGAUCCUCCGAUUUCACAAAGACUGAUGAGGCGGAGGAGGAUGAGGAGAACAAUCCUCUUCUCCCUCCAUCUCCCUCUGCACUCAGUCCUCCACUCCAGCUAGGGGGCGCCAGCCAGCUUCCCACACCCUCUACAGUGUCAACCCAUGUACCCUCCAGGAUCUGGCUUCAACUCGCACCUUAGUACAGAUCUUUGCAUUGCGGCCUCACGUAAAUCUGCUCUGAGAUCAGUACUAAGGCAAGAAACCAAGCUGCAGAAAUGAGUUGGGGGAGUUCAGAUCCGGGGAAAUAUUUUAAUGCAAUUUGGGGGAAACGCCAACACUUGGCCCUCUAGUCAAUGCGAAAGAGUGCUCCAUCCCAUGAUACAUAUCACGUGUAGGGCCCUGCCUUUGCCUUGACAACAGGUCCUACCACAUGCCACAUCCUUUAGAUAUAUACUGUAAGACAGGCGUCCAUUCCACCUGCCUCUCUUCGUUUGGCUGGUCUGGAUCUGCUGCAGCGGUCUCAAAUAAAGGGGCCGUAACAUGCAGCAGAUGAACCUCUGAUGUCCACCCGCGAUUCCUCGUGUGCACUCUCGCUCCGUAAUAAAGAGAACGAGAAGUUUAAAGGGAACGCUUCUUGAGUGAAAGCACAUUUUUUUUUUCUGUCCAACACAAUGUGAGUGGACAUCUGAGGUUCAUCUGCAAAAGUCCAAUGUUGUUUUUUAAUCAUCAAAGAGUUUUUGUUUUGGUUUGUUUUUUUUUGACCAAAAACUGAUUUCACUUUUCAGAAAUGCCUCCUCGUCACAGACGAUCGGCAGAGGGUCUAGCGAGAAAUGAAAUGUGUUUAUAGGACGAUUGCUUUCUAGCACAAAUCACAUAAAUCGCCAUAGCUUGUUGAACUGUGCUGAAGGACUAUGUCUAACCAGUACACCCAGAUUAAGAAUGUCUCCUCACCCCUGAACUCUAAACCUCUUAACUUCCUGGUGCCGAGCUCUGGGUCGGUUUGGUCACGCCUGUCCUACUUUCUUGCUAGUCAUACCACACUGUCUGCCAUCCUGCUCAUGGUUCUGUUCGGUUUUAACGCUCCUCCUGAGUUCUUAUCUCAGCGGCGGUCUGUUCGAAGGUUGUUGUCACCGUCGCUGCUGGAGGGACGGCUUAUUCCUCUUUACUGUUACGUUUAAAGGUAUACUACGCAGGACAGCCCCAAAAACAAUGUGUGAACUCAUACAAUGGUGAUCCCUCUAAAUCACACGCUACAAGUGUGUGGCAUGUGUGCAGACCCUGCCCUCCCCCGGUAUUUUCCUUUCUUCUUAUUUUGCCUCGUAGGUAUGUUAGUUCAGGAUGUUUCUGGGCCACGGCAUGUGGAUAGUGGGUGUGUAGCCUUCAGUCAGUCAACAGCAGCACGGCAGGGUCUUCACCAAAACAUCGCUGUCUCCGAGUCAUGAAUGUAUAAAGAGCUGUGUCUCUUUGACUGAGGCUGGGGACUACAGUGGACAAGAGUAAGCAUGUGUUUUGGCCUGGGUCAUACACAAUCUGGUAAUAACCUCCAUAAGACCAUCCAAAAAAAUUUUUUUUUUUAUUUCCAGAUUUUUUUGAGUUGGAGAGGGGCUAAUAUGAAUGUUGUUUACAGCCACUAACUGAUCCUGCUUAGUAUACCUUUCUGGAGGGGCGAUUCAUAUGGCUUAAGUUAAAAGGUGAGCUGUGAAAACGGUGUAAUUGUGUAACAUUUAUUGUUUUUAAUGUAAUUUAUUUUAGCUGUAAAUAUUGAUUCUGUAAUGAUGAUGUACAAUACUCUGACAUUGCAUUGGAAGACUGUGAUCCUUUUUUGCUCUGAAAUAAAGGGAUUUUAAAGGGCA